AACAGAGUUCAAGUUUAUGUUUUUUUUUAACUCUAUUAAGCUGGAAAUUACGUGUUGAUAGACCUGGACCACAGCUAGAUUUGUAUGUUUUGUUUAGUUUAGCAAUCAAUGGGCCUUAGGAUACCUUAUUAUUUGAGUUAAAUCAUAGAUCUUGAGAUAAAAAGUUGCAGUGGUCUAUAAAAUGGCGACCUUUUCGCAAUCCAUCAUUGAAAAGGGAUCUGAAAUGGUCCAAGACUUCUUGUGUUCGACCUGCGAAGAGGAGGAAUUGAAAGAAUCGGCUGAUUAUUAUUGCGAAUCUUGCGUAAAGUUUUACUGCCGAAAAUGUAUUCACAUGCACAGCCAGUUGUUUAAGAAACAUUGUCCUCAUGGAAGGAGUGAUAUGAAGAAAUGGCCUGUUGCCAAGAAGGUGGAAGAUUUCCUUUUAAAAUGUGAUGUUCAUAAGGAAGAAAACUUGGUUAUGUUUUGCGAAGACCAUAGCCAGCUGUGCUGCAAUAAUUGUGCUUUCCUUAAUCACAGGCAAUGCAAAACGGUAAUGCUUUUAUCAGACUUGGUAAAAAUUACCUCUACAGACCUCAAUCAAGUAUCAGUAACUAUACAAACUACUCUGGCAGAACUGAAGAAGAUUCAAAACAUUCAGGAGGCUAACAUUCAGUCAGUGCGAAUUUCAUAUUAUGAGCAGUUACACAAAAUACAGGAAACUCGGCAUAAAAUACUUGCAGCCUUAGACAUGCUUGAAAAGAAGACACUGCAGGAAAUGAAAGAUACACUGACCAAACUGCAAGCCCCUCUUAAAAGUGAUGUCGACAAAUGUUCCACUCUUCAAGAUGAAUUAAAACAACUUGGAGAUGCUAUUCAGGACAUAAGUGAUAAAAGCAAACAAGAACUAUCUCUUUUAGCCUGCAUUAAAAGCAAGGACAAAAUACAGCAGUUUGAAAACUAUCAAAAGAAGAACUUUGGUCAAGUAAAAUCUUCAAUAACUUUCCAGUUUAAUAGUGGACUUGUGCAGUACCUUUCCAAGUUGUCAGGUCUUGGGGAGAUUAAACACAAUGCCCAGUCAUUGACUGCAGUGGGAAAUGCAGACCAAAUCAUAAGGAUUGAUGUGAAGCCUGAGUAUGAUGUUGGCCUACCAGGAGAUGAACCUUGUAUUAUAGCAGACAUAUGUGUUCUCCCUAGUGGACAAGUCAUUGUUGUAGACAGCAAAAAUAAGAAAGUCAAGCUGCUAAACCAGCAGUACCAGGUUGUGAGUCACUGUAGUGUAUCUGAUAAGCCACUGAGCAUAUGUCAAAUCACACCCAGUGAGGUUGGUGUUACUGUUGGUGCAGAGGUCCAGUUUAUCAAAGUGAACAACAACCAGCUGGUGAAAGACAGAAAGCUCAAGUUUCAACAUAGCUGUUACAGUAUUUCCUUCCAAAAGGGAGACCUGUUUUUAACCUCUGGUACUGUGCUGUACAUGUACUCCCUGGAUGGUAAACUAGUCAGCAAACUUCACGAGGAUUACUCAGAAAGAUGGACAGUAGCCCGCUGUGCAUUGAGCCCUACAGGUGACAAGUUGUACGUCAUAAACUCCCCCCAGCACAAGCUCCUCACCCUGGCCAGGGAUGGAUCAGUCCUUGCCACCUUCAUGGACCCUGAAUUAAAAUGGCCAAUAUGUGUACAUGUGACACAUGCAGGCCAGGUGCUGGUAUGUGGACUGGCUUCCAAUACUAUCCUACAGAUUGACAGUAAGGAUAGUAGGAAGCUGGCCACUCUGGCUACAACAAGGGAUGGGAUUCAGGAACCACAUUCAGUCUGCUACAACAGCAAUACUGACUCUAUUAUUGUGGGACAGCGGAACAACAGAAAGAUACUGGUGUACAAAGUGAAAUAGCUUAUCAUUCUUGUAUCUGAUAUGUGUGAUCAUAAGUUAUAAACAAUAAAUAUAGCUGUUACUGUAUGUCAGUAAGGGCUAUGCCACAAAUAUAUUAUAUGUGUAUUGUGAAGUAAUCAUUGAUAUAAAUGACAAUAGCUGUUUGUGUAAUAGUUUUAUGUGACAAUUAUUCAAUUAUUUUGAAAUAUGGAUACUUAUAAUUUCUCAAUAUCAUGUUAUCACUCUUCAUGUUUUUAGAAUGUGAUAGAUGUUUUUCAAUGAGUUGAUUAAUUGAUUUAUUUGCUCUUCCAAGUGGCUUAAGUUUCGUCAAUGGAAGACUAAUUGAUGGAUAAUAAUAGCCAAUAUGUUGUCAUUAAUAGAUAGUUUUCACAUUAAAACUAAUUGUAAAUACAUUGUUGUUUUUGAAGAGUUUGAAUGAUUGUUUUUCAUCAUUUGGCACUUGCUUUGCUUGUCAUAAUUGUGUACAUAGCCUCUAGAUGAUAUAUAGAGAAUAAAAGGUCACUGCCUGUUUAUUUCGUAAUAUAUAUCAGGCGAAGAUGAUAAUAAAAUAACAUCAAGGUUAAGACAGUAAUUGGUUUUUUUGUUUAAAUCAUACCUUUACGUCUCCAUUUUAAAAGUAAUAAUACAAUAUUAUUGCUUCGACGUUAAAUUUUUAAGGAGGAUGAGUGUGAUUUUUGACGUUUGACUUGUUAAUAAUGACUUCAUGAGCACUUGCGCUUAAUACUUGUAAAAUAUGUGUUUUGCUGUGUUUGUAAAUGUAUGUGUCUGAAUAUAUUACAUCUUGGUAUCACAUUGUUUGUUUUGAUGAAUAUAAUU